AUGCAAAGUGGAGGAGGGGAAGAAGAAGAAGAUUAUAUUAAAAAGAUACCAACUAUACUAUUAUUAAAAAUAAUCAACUAUGUAGAUGAUAAUGUAGAUUUGGUGUGUUUGUUGUUAUCUUGUAAAAGAUUAUUCAACUUUACUACUCCUUCUGCUGCUGUCAACUAUCAUCUAUCAUUUAAACAUAUUGAAUACAAAAAUCCUAAAAGUAAUCAUUACAUCAACAACAUCAAUGCUUAUUACUCAAAGAAAUGUUAUCAUCUAAAGUCAUUCAAGAAAAUGUUUACAAAUACAUUUUCAGAUACAAUGAUUAUACGUGAUAAAAAAAAUCAUGGUCGUGAUGAUAGUAAUAAUAUCAUUGCAACGGCAAUAGUAUUAGAAGAAUACAAGGAUGAUAGUAUGGAACUAUCAUUAGGUAUACCUCAAUCAACCACUUCAUUGACCCUUCACCAACCAAUCAGAAAACCAUUACCAGCCGACUUUAGAUUCCCACCUCUACUCAACCAUUUAACCAUACACUAUGAAACACAAGAAGCAAUAGAAAAGUGUAAUGGGCUCCCCGAUUCAUUAAGGUCGUUGACCUUGUUGAUCGAAAGUCAGAACUUUCCCAACAAGAUACUACCAGCAGGUCUUGAAAGGUUGGACCUUUACAUGGGCUCUAAUUUUUAUAUAGAACCCCGUCGACUUGGACUAGACACACUCACCUCUCUCACUUGGUUGAGGACAUACUCUAUUGCUGAUAAGGAAGAUACCAAAUACUGUACACUACCAAAGAGUUUAACCUAUCUAAAGACUGAAAUGGAAGAUAUACCAUCAUCACCGACCUACUUUCGACCACUCGUACAUUUGGUACAUCUCUACCUUGAAAUUCUCGAUCCCGACCUGAAUAAUGAUACUUUUGGAUUUAUACCAUCGAGUGUAAAAACACUUGAACUCCACAUGAACCCUCAAAGUGCAAACCCCAAUGAAAAGCAGCCAAUCCCAGACAAUGUCGAGUCGCUCACUUUGACAGGUUACAAUGUAUCACAAUUCGACAAACUACCAAACUCGAUCAAAAAACUAGUAAUCAAGGACUUUCAAGUCAGUAAUGAUUCACUGCCAACGAUCACUCUACCAAACAACUUACAAGAGUUUAAAUGGAUUCACCAAAACCAAUCCAUCAAACCUCCACCUCUUCAAUUUAUCUAUCCUUCCACUCUGAAACACAUUGAUUAUAGUCUAUUAGAACAACCCUACAAACAACCAAUUCCACAAUCAAUCACUGAAUUCAAAUACCGUGUCUCUACAACAACAAACCACAAUACAAAGAUACAUAUAAUUGGCAGAGAUGAUGGUGAUGGUUUAAUAUUCCCAUCAACUCUUAUUAAACUAUCAAUAUACAUUAACCGCCAGGUAAAUGAUCGUUGGAUAUUUAGAUUUGACCACCUAAUCAAUCAAUCAAAUAUAGAUCAACUAGUUAUAUUUGGGAAUGAUAUUAAUUUCCAAGUUGAUAUUCGUCGAUUAGAUCCAGAAAAUAGAAAUGUAUUAAUACUUGGUAAAUCACUUUAUGGUGGGAUCAUUCAUCAACAAAUAGAACAACAGAUGAAAGACAAUGGUGGUGAUGAUCAUCAAUAUCAAUAUCAACCAAUUUAUCUUUGUUUUGGAUCUGGAAAUACACCUCCAAAACUAAAAUUCAAUCUUUCGACCAAAAUUGUUUAUAAAUUUGUUGACAAUUGA